AUGAUCCAUUCUGUCCUUAUUUUCAAUUACGACGGUGUUCCUCGUCUCAUAAAGUUCUAUACUGCGGUGGACGUCCAGACCCAGAGAACCUUACUUCUGCAAGUUCACCUGCUAAUAUCGAAGAGAACGUCUCAGGAAUGCUCAUUUAUUACACCUCCAAGACUUCUUGAGGGUUUGGAUGACAUCAAAGUCAUCUACAGACACUAUGCUACCUUGUACUUUGUGUUCAUUGUGGACGAUCAAGAAUCAGAGCUAGGCAUCCUCGAUUUAAUUCAGGUGUUUGUUGAAUGCUUAGAUAAAUGCUUUCCUAAUGUCUGUGAACUUGACUUGGUAUUUGGCUGGCAAGUUCUCCAGACCGUGCUUGAAGAGAUCGUUCAAGGAGGCAUGGUGAUAGAUACCAACAUUCUGCGAAUUGUUGCUGCUGUGGAUGAUGCCAACAGCCAAAAGGUUACAGGCGUGAAUGGAGGAAGCUCGGGACUGCGUUGGCUAUCCUUAGAGAACGGUUUUGGUUGGAGACGUGCUUAG